CAUCUUCCAGUUCAUUGCAAAUAAUCAAUCAAUCGCUUAACCUCCUCAUCUCACAUUGCCGAGGGAAUAUUAUAACAAGGAUGAGAGAUACUUCUUAUUACGAUCUAUUGGGUGUCAAUGUUGAUGCCUCCGCUGCUGAGAUCAAGAAGGCUUAUUAUCGAAAAGCAAGGCAAGUUCACCCUGAUAAGAACCCCGGAGAUCCAAGGGCUGAUGAGAAAUUUCAUGCACUCUCUGAGGCUUAUCAGGUUCUAAGUGAUCCUUCAAAACGUGAAGAAUAUGACAAACAUGGAAAGGCAGGAUUCCAACCAGACUCCAUGUUAUAUCCUGCAGCCGUGUUCGGAAUGGCUUUCGGAAGUGAAUACUUCGACGAAUAUGUUGGGCAACUACAAAUGGCUACUUUGGCUUCUGUUAAACUUGAAAGUGAAGAUGGUUCACAAGAUAAGGAAGCUCGUUUGCAAAAUCUUAAGGAAAAGCUUGCGGCAUUGCAGAAAGAAAGGGAAGAAAAGCUUAUCAUAAUACUUAAAAAAAGACUUCAGCCGUUCGUUGAUGGUAAAACCAAUGAGUUUAUUAAUUGGGCAAAUUCCGAAGCACAACGACUUUUGAAAGCUUCUUUUGGUGAGGAAAUGCUACGUACUAUUGGAUAUGUUUACAGGAGGAAAAGUGCGAGAGAACUCGGCAAAGAAAAGUAUAUGAAGGUACCCUUUUUAGCUGAAUGGGUGCGUGAUAAAGGGCACCGUGUGAAAUCACAAGUAAUUGGAGCUUCAGGUGCUGUUAAUUUAAUUCAGAUACAACAAGAGCUUCAGAAAGCGACCCAAGGAGAAAACGGAGAAGAAAGCUUAAUGAAAACCUUUGAAGAUAAAAAGGAUGCGAUGCUUCAAUCCCUUUGGAAGGUCAAUGUGGUUGAUAUUGAAACAACUUUAUCUAACAUCUGCUUAGCGGUACUUGAAGAUCCUGAUGUGCUCAAGAAAGUUCAGGCUUUACGAGCCAAAGGAUUGAAAAGGCUUGGAUCUAUUUUUCAAGGAGUGAAAGUUUCUUAUGGUAGAGCAGACAGCCCCCGCAAGAAAUAUGACUGUUGAUGUCUUUAAGAAAGAAUGGAGGUUCUCACGGAGGCCAACAGCCUAUGAAGGAAGAUAUAGGUUGGAAUGUUGGUCAGAGGUAUUAGAAGCUAGAGAUUAAAAUGAGCUAAGUAGCACAGACCUUUUGCCUAGUCUUGAAGGCAAUGAAACAGACCUAUUUAUACCUUUCUCCAUGGGGCUCUCACAUGAUAUGCGACCAUAGCGUCUUAGCUAUCCUCGUCACGAGGAUUCUCAACACCUGCACGGUGACGUCAUUGGUGAGGGUUUGUUGUGGCCUUGGCCAUACUUUCAAUGACGGUUAUCAUUUGGUUGGCGAUCAAGCCCCGAGUCGCUUCCCCUACUUACCGUCGCGAGGUUCUUGAGGUGUCCCUGGACCAGGACCUCGUAGUUUCAGCUCUCUUUAGUUUUGAGUCUAACAUUUCGACCUCAUUUCUUCCUUCUGAUGCUCUUAUUCACCGUGCGAGCCUCCAGCUUCAUCAAAAACAUCAACAUCGGAAAAGCUGUAAAUGUAGAUUCAUCGGCAAAAUCAUCUCGAUACUCGAUUGGUAUCCGAUUCUGUCUCUAUUUAUGUUUUUGUUGGAACUUGGAAGUUGUAGGUUUUGUUUAUUCUUGUACAAUGUGUUGAAUUUUAUGAAAGUACGCUUCAUUAUUGAUGGGAUUUAUUCAACAACAUAACGAAUUUCGAACAAA